CCCACCACCACCUCCUUCGACUCCUACCAGUUCGACUUCGGCGUCAACGCCUCCCGCUCCUCCGGCUCCCGCCCCCUCCGCGACCAGCACCCGGGCGCGGCCGCCAACACCUCCACCAGGCCGGCCACCGGCGCCUCGUGGACGCACCAGCCCGCCAGCACCAAGCCGGCAUGGACCCACCAGCCCUCCCCCGCCGCUGCUUCGGCGGCGGCCGGGCCCGGAUCCGGGCCGACCUCCAUGGUCGGCGACAUCUUCGGCCGGAGCUGGUCCUCCGCCGCGCCCUCAUCCGGGCUCGGCAUCCCGCAGGCCAACAACCCUGCCCUCUUCAGCGACCUCCUCGGCUCCGCGCUCGGCGGCUCCGGCUCCUCCCGCACCCAGUCCAACGCGCCGCUCAGAUCCUCCGCUGCACCACAGGCGUCUAGGCCCAUCGGGAGCUUCCAGAGCGCUGAUGCUGGAUUCGGUAGUUUCCAAAGCUCUGGUGCCACGAAACCUUCCAGCUUUACGUCUCCACCCCCACCAGCUCCGGCGCCUACUCCUGCGGCAGCAGCAGCCAACUCUAGUGUAGAUCCUUUGGACAAUCUGUUCGCUUCAACCACAGCUGCACCGGCUGCAACCACGGCAAGCAAUGGUGGUGGCGGGGGUGACAUGUUUGGUGAGAUGGAUGGUUGGGUCGAUGUGGAGGCAGAGUUCGGUGGUGGUGACAGUGGUGGUGCAACCACAUAGCUGGAUGGCCUGCCACCGCCACCAUCUGGAUUGACAGUAUCGGCUGCCAAGUCCAAGGGGAUGGAUAGCUACAAGGGAGGGCAGUACGCUGAUGCCAUCAAGUGGUUGUCUUGGGCUGUUGUGCUCAAUGAGAAA